AUGAUGUGGUAAUAAUGAGGAAUCCUAUUCCUCAUCGCUUGGACUUAACUUAAUGAUAAGUUUAUUGAUUGAUUUGUGUUAACGACCGACAUCGCCGUUGACUGGAAUACUUUGCAUCAUAUAUUCAAUUUCAAGUUCACGAAGAUUUGCUUCUAUUAUUUUUGAUUGUUUGGACAUUAUUUUUAUUGGUAUUACCAUCCAGUCUUGUCUAUAAUGAGUCAACUACAAGAACUUCAAAAUGCCAUUUUUGAAAGUCUUGAGGGGCUCUCCUUCAAUGAAUACGUUGUCAACCGAAAAGAAUGUAAAAAUUUUAUCCUCAAAAGGGAAUUAUUUGGAAAGCCGGACCAUAAAGCUUUUGAAAUCAUCAUGAUCUUUCUCGUCAGGUGUUUAAAAAAUUCCCAAGUUUUGCAACAAUAUCGGUAUUGUUAUCCUUGCUUGGAUAAAAAUCAAGAAGCCGAGUUCAGAAAAGUUACAAUUGAAUUUCUGAAAUCACUUGAAAAGAUUGAUGGCAGUUUAAAGUUCACUCCUAUCUAUGCGGUUCAACCUGGAGGUGAAGCAUUUUGCUCAUAUUUUCUGAAUCUAAUCAAUUAUGUUAUGACCAAAGUUUUGAAAGAAAAGUAUGGCACUGAAAUCGAACCUGAUCUGAAUGACUUCCGACUUGUCAAUCGGGCUGAAGAAGAAUCUGGCAGAUUAUCCGAUCUUACUUUCAUCUAUGAGGACCUUGAUCAAAAAAUGCUGUCUGAGCAAGAAUAUUUUGAGUUGAGAAAACGAUCACUGGAAAAGGGAUGGGAUGCUGUUUGUUUUGAGUUUGAUAAAAUUGUAAACUAUGUUCGUGUUCAAAUUCUGGGUGAAAAUAGCUAUGCCAUGAAGGAUAAUGAAAUUAUAGCUAAUGUACGGCAGUCUGUUGCGGAUUUAAAUGAUACAGUCAGCCAAAACUUCAGCGAACUUCGGCACCUGAUCGAGCAUAUAACACCAAAAUUAGAAAUGUACAAUUGUCCUGCUGAUGCCAGUAUGAUUACUUCUAGCAACCAAAUAUUAGAUCUCAGGCAAUUUUCUAAUGACUGUGACAUGAAUAAAUAUUUUUCUCGUGGGUGCUUCAACUUGGAGUUGGUAAGCAAAGAUGUGGACAAAUUUGUUAAAAACUUUGAUAGUACCAUGAGGAAUUGGGCGUCUCUUAGCGAAUGCCAAAUCAUCAGAUCAUUAUCCAGUCAUAACUCAUCUUAUAAUAUUGACACUGUUUUACUCUGAAAGUUGACCCAAAAA